AUGUCUGGAACAUUAGUUGAAGAGCGCAAAACAAUUAGUUUUGUCCCAGAUAUUGUAACUGGAAUUCUUGGUUCCGUUUAUUGUCUUGUUGUCUUAUUUAUUUUACUUAUUAUUCCAAUACUUCAAGUAGCAUUUGGUGCAGCAUAUCGUAAUCAAUGUCCAAUUAAUUCGAAUAUUCCAGUAUACCUUAUCGUAUCUGGUGCAUGUGGUAUUGCAACUAUAGUUCUUACCAUAGUUAUAGCUAUUGCAUUUAUAUGUUUAUUUAAAAAAGACUCCAAAGGCACAUCGUUUAUUACUGGAUGUAUCAUUGGUAUUGUAUUUUUAAUUUUAUUUUUAAUGAGUCUUUUCUUAUCUCCAUGGUUUAUUGUGGGUAACGUAUGGAUAUUUGGAGUAUAUUCAACAGUUGAUUUGGAUAAUACAUCAUCAAGUAAUUAUUGUCAUCGAACAUUAUAUCAGUUUGCUUUCUGGAUAUUGAUUGAACAAAAUAGAUUAUUAGAAUGCGAAGGAUUUUAG